AUGUCCAGCACCACCCUACUCUCCUCCCCUCACGCCACGCUACGAACCUUUUCGGCGCCUUUUAGCAGGUUCGGCAUCAUCCCUGUGGGUGGUAGGAGCACGGCUGCUAGGUUGAGCGAUGGAGGCGUUUGGGUAUUGGCUAGUACGCCUUUGGACGAUGUUACGAAGCGAGGAAUAGAGGAGCUUGGGAAUGAGGUCAAGUGAGUAUUUGUGUGUGCCAAGUGGGGGUUUGGAGGGGGGACCGUGGCCUCUUCCCAAUGCUGACGCGCUCCUACUUUGGAACACGCCCACACCCCUCCUGCCUCACUUACUUGCUUGCUUGCCUCGCCUUGCUUGGGGGCGUUUGCCUGGAUGGGAAAAAGAUAUAUCAUCGCGCCUGAUGUGGUGCAUCAUCUGUACAUCAAGGAUUUCGCAAUGGCUUAUCCAGGAGCCAAAGUGAUUGGAGUGGAUGGAUUGGAGAAGAAGCGGACGGAUGUGAAGUGGGAUGGAUGUGAGUGGUGUGUUUGCGUGAGGGGGCAUGUAUGCUGCUCCUUUUCACCCCAGGAGAGUCUGACGAUGCUGGCCAAGUCAAUCACGAGCCCAAAAUUCUCUCGCUGGGCUGGGCUGCGCUGCAUUGCUUCCCUUGGAUGCGUGGCCCACUCAUGUCUUGACGUUCACACCGCCCCGCCAUUCGCAGUGUACGGCAAGGAUGCACCAGACACGAGGUACGGUUUCGAGGAUGACAUCUCUGCCAGGUAUUUCAGCACCUUUGCCAACAAGGAUGUAGCCUUUUGUCAUCACGAGUCCAAGGUGAGGCCUUUGAUCGCUUGGUGUUGUGGAGAGCAUCGCGAUACGUGCGGGCAUGUUUGCCAAUGCAUGUGUGUCGGAAAGGGGGAACGGGCACGCAGAAAGCAGCUAAGCUGAAUCUCCCCGCAUAUUCUCCCUUCUUCUGCUCUGCCCUGCCCCUGUUUGUCAGUCUCUCAUCACUGCGGAUCUCAUCUUCAAUCUCCCGUGCAACGAGCAAUACUCCAAGACCUCAUCAGGUCGCCCAACCUCUUUGAUCCCAUUUCUCUCCUUCUUUUCAAAAUACAUGGUCCCUUCUUCCUCCUUUCACCAAUCCUUCUUGUGGUCAGCAGGAGCAGCGGCAGGCCAAGGUUCCACGUCGGAUAGGAGGAAACAAUUCGCAAAGGAUGCUCAAGCUGUGAGCACGUGGGAAUUUGAGAGGAUCAUCAUGUGCCAUGGAGAUGUGCUGGAGGGAAGGGAAAAGGCAAAGAAAGCUUGGAGAGAAGCUUGUGCAAAGGUGAGUUUUGUCUUUCUCCGCGUUCGUGUUAGGGCUUCAGGGCAUCCGAUGGGCGGCCUUUGCAUGCUCCCUUGUUCACCUCCGUUGCUGCGAAUGAAAGCUUGCAGCGAACGAGGGCGGAAUGAUGCUUGCCUCGGCAACGUGCUUUUCAAGAUUUGCCACAUUGCUCGCAUCCGAUGAGCAACGCUUCAAUAGGCAAGCAUCACACCCGCUCGCUACUCGCUUUCUCCCUCCCUCCCUCCCGCUUUCAUGUCACUCGCUCACCGCUGCUCGCACUCUUCACGCAGUACCUCGACGCGGACGGCAAGCCAAAAGUCUAA